GAGCCAGUGUUGUUGUUUUGGGUCUCUUCAACAAAACGGAAACAAAUCGCACUUUUAGACGGUCCCUGACAUUGUUGCCAUUCAAGAAACGAAAAGUGUCACGAGAUCGACAUACUCAUAGAAAAUCUUCCACAUUUUUUACUGCUUAAUCAUUUCAGCAUCUGUUUUACUGUUUUUCAGGAAGUCAUGACACCAUGACUUACUGUUUAGAUGAGCGGUCCUCAGUACUGAAGUCUUCGCCGAGGUUGCUGCAAGUGUUAGACACUUGGUUUCCUUGUAUCGUUCGGCCCUGUAUUAUCAAAUGGGCGACAACACAAGAAGAUAGCAUCUCUAACCAGCUGGAUUUAGGCAUUCGGUUUCUCGAUUUAAGAAUAGCUCAUAAGAUAAAAGACCCUGAUAAAGUUUUCUACUUUGCACAUGGGAUCUACUCCCUUCUGACAGUGAAGGAAGUGCUCACAGAAGUUGCUCGCUGGUUAGAUCAGCACACCAAGGAAGUGGUCAUUAUUGCACUUUCUGCCUUUGAUGGCAUGAACCUGGAUCAACACAGAGACCUCAUUCAAUUCCUCAUAAGCACAUUUGACAAUAAAAUUUGUCCCAAUCAUAUUAUACCCUCACUACUGCAGUGUUGGAAUCACAAUUAUCAGGUUAUUCUGUCAUAUGAUGACUCAUCUGCGUCUGAAUAUGAGGAAUUGUGGCCACAGUGUGAAUAUUGGUGGGCAAAUACAUCAGAUCCAAAACAUGUCAUAUCCUACCUGGAGGAGAGAAAAACAGAAGGAAGACCAGGUCAGUUUUUUGCUGCUGGUCUGAACCUAACUGAGGAUGCCAAGUAUGUUCUUUCUCAUCCGUGCCAGUCAUUACAAAGCAUGACCUUGAGCUCCUAUAGUCUGCUUUUGAACUGGGUCAAACAACAGUGUCCAGGCCUGGGAAAAUCAUGUGUCAACAUCAUCUGUGCAGAUUUUGUGGGGGCUUUCAGCAAUGAAUUCACCCAGCUGGUUAUUGGACUCAAUCAAACACUCUUAAAAAAGAGACGUGACCUUUAAAUCUGCCAUAAACAUUACAUACAAAUGCAGCAUCUUUCUUACAGUGUAUCUUUUUAAUGGAAGCCUUGUUGUUUUUGAUGUUUACAUAUUGAUAUUUUUUUAGUCUUUUAUGACAGUCCCUAAACUGUGAGGAAACAAUGUUUUGUGCAAUGCUGCCAUCUACAGGCAAUCCAUAUUUAGGUUUUAGUUUGAUACAUGUCUCAAAAUAAUGUUACUUGCAACUUUACUAUUACAUCAAACUACUGAAAUGCCAAAAACUAAACUUCUUUCCUGAUUGUUCUUGGAUAUUUGUCAAACGGGCAGACUGAUAUAAUCAAAGACUAAGUGGCUCAAUAGAUUAUAGCAUUACCUGUCCAAUGAGUCACACUUAAUUUUAGUAACGUCUAAUGUCCUGUCAUGACUUCAUCUAUUGUUGAUGAUGUUCACUCUGUUUGGUUUUCAGUCCAUGUGGGUAACAUGUAUCUGUGGGGUCCAAUUUUAGACGCCCCUUUGAAUGCACUCUCUAAGGUGCUUAACAUUUAUAGUAUCUACUUAAAUGAUAAUCCAGUUCACUGAUGCCUUUCACA